AUUCGCAUCACUUGUACUCUACAAUUGGAAUCCCGCCAAUGAUUUGAAUCGACUGAUAGAAUACACCAAUUCCAAUCAAUCGAUUGCAUUGAAUCAAUCAAUCACUAUGAAGCUCUCCUCGACUCUCCUCCUAACCGCCACGGGUUUGUCCGCGGCUUCUCCGCACCCCGCACCUCCACGCCAACUGCACCUCGCUGUCCAGGACGAUGCACCUCUGCUGGAGUCUCUACCAUCCGUGACAGACUCCCUAGACGACGUCAUCAACGCCUCACCCUUCCUGUCCUUCCACCGUGGCCUCGUCCAGACCUCGUCCGUCUCAAAUGACGAGCAAAACGCGGGGUCCUUCGUCGCGGAGUUCCUCGAGUCGCACAACUUCACCGUCAUCAAGCAGCCCGUCGGCAAUGACGACUUCACCACCAACACGCAAGGCCGCUUCAACAUCUUCGCCUACCCUCCCGCAUCACCAUCCCCCCAAAUUCUCCUAACCAGCCACAUCGACACCGUCCCCCCCUUCAUCCCCUACUCCCUCUCCCACCCCUCCAAUGACUCCUCCUCCCCCACAACAAUCCGCAUCGCCGGCCGCGGCUCCGUCGACGCCAAAGCCAGCGUCGCAGCCCAAGUCUUCGCCGCCCUCGACAUCCUCGAAUCCAACCCCACCGCCCCCCUAGCCCUCCUCUUCGUCGUCGGCGAAGAAGUCGGCGGCGACGGCAUGCGCGCCUUCUCCGACUCCCCCUCCCUAAACCCCUCCCCCUCCCCCUUCACCACCGUCAUCUUCGGCGAGCCCACAGACCUGGCCCUCGUCUCAGGCCACAAAGGCAUGCUCGGCUUCCAGGUCGUCGCCAACGGCCACGCAGCCCACUCAGGCUACCCCUGGCUCGGCCGCAGCGCCGUCUCCGCCAUCCUCCCCGCCCUCUCCAUCGUCGACAAGCUGGGCUCCCUCCCCGACGGCCUCCCGCCUAGCCCCAAGUACGGCCCCACGACGGUCAACAUCGGCCGCGUCGACGCAGGCGUCGCGACGAACGUCGUCCCCGCCAAAGCCGUCGCAGACGUCGCCGUCCGCCUCGCGGCCGGAACCCCCGAUGAAGCGAGGGAGAUCAUCCGUCGCGCCGUCCGCGACGCCACCGCCGGCGACGAGGACGUCGUCGUCGACUUCGCUUCUCACGACGAGGCAUACCCGCCGCAGGACCUCGACACGGACGUCCCUGGCUUUGAUAUCAUCACUGUUAACUACGGCACGGACGUGCCGAAUCUGCGUAUUCCUGAGCGGGAGGAUGGUAGGUCUGUUCGUCGCUACUUGUAUGGGCCUGGUAGUAUCCAUGUCGCGCAUGGAGAUAACGAGGCCCUUACCGUUGGGGAUUUGGAGAGCGCGUUGCAGGGGUAUCGGCGAUUGGUGGAGGCUGCGUUGGAGAGGUGAUCUGCCUUGUUGGUGUGGUGAUAAAGUUGUAAUGCGUGAUUUGAAGUAUGGGUGGAAAAGUUGGGUAUGCCUGGUUGUAUUGAGUGAUGCAAUUGCCUGGAUAGGAUAUAGUAAUGUAGUUUAUGAUAUUGCCAUAUGCAUGA